GUUGUUUGCUAUUUAAUAAUCAUUUUGGACUGGGUUUACAAUGGAUGUCGGCAUCUUUAGAGUCAGGUAGAGAACGAGACUGCUUAGGUGUAGAAAUUGGAACUGAUCCUAGGCAGUUGUAUUGUUCGUAUAUCUUUCAUCCAGGCCAAUUUCAAUUAUCAGUCAUAAAUAAAGCACUUAGUAUAUAUAGCCGUCAACCACUACUGAAUGAACUAAAUAUGUCCGCUUCCAUACUUAAGGAAAAAGUGUGUCAGGCUGUGGAAUUAGAGAUUCAUUCAGAAGUUGAAAUGUGCGAAAUAAAAUGAUGAUGUUUAUCUUGAAAUUGCUAGCAGAUGCUGGUCAAGAUUUUAUUCAUGCUGUUUGCAAUAUCAUUUAUCAGGAGCACGACCAUUAGGCCUUGUUACAUUAGAUCAAUCUUGUGGAGCUGCAUUAGUUCGCAGAUCCUUAAUAUCCAUCAUCAGACCAGUAGAACCUAUUGAACAUCUAGUUCUUUGUGGUGACUAUAAUACCACUGUACAGAAUUUUUCCUGCACUCCAUAUCUAAUGAAUAAACCAGGAUUGAAAGAGUUAAUUAAAUUGAUAUCUGGUCUUGUUAUGAUUGAAAGAAGGCUUCCUGAUGAAGUCAAAAGCGUUAUGGAAACUGAUUUAUAUAAAUUAAAGAAGCCAUCAUUGAUAAUAACAGAAUUGGUGACUAGUCUGAAGAUGAGAGAGGACGAGGCAGUAUUCUCAAUGGAAUUUUUGGAUGAACUGUGGCAACAAGUGGGUUCUUUAGAAAGCCUGAAUGAAGCAAUUAAUCUUUUGUUAAGCAUUUUAGAUAUUGAGCAAAAUGAAUAUGGUGCUAUAUUCAAUGACAUCAGUAAACAAGCUUUUUCAUCGAUGUCAGUAAGUCAUUUGUACGGCAGUCAUUUUGGCAUGUCUCUGAUUGUGGAAUCACUACGUCAAGUUGCUACAAUCAGUUUGUGUAGAAAUAUGUUAAUAUUGUUGCAACUUAUGGCUGAAGCAGAUUAUGGCAAUAAUGCUUUUCUGCAAUCAACACAACUGCAUAUCCAGGUUCUUCUUCAAAUUUAUCAUAUCAUGUUAUGGCUUUGUGAAACACCUACUAGUCCAACUCUGCCUACAAAUAUGCUUGAAAGCAGUAUUCUCCGUUUCUCUUCUUUGCAAUUGAAAACAAAUCUCCCAUCACCAAUAUCAGUUUCAAGAAGAACUUUAACACUGCUUGAAUUAUUUUUGAUGGGUGUUGGAGCUUCUAAAGUACUGAUCGAUAUGUCCAAAUUCAAAAUAAAUAAUAUUGAGUCAUGGCAUUCUUCAAUGCUGUCGUAUAUUCAUAUUCUAUUGAAGAUAAUCUGGCCUCUUAAUGACAAAUUUGCAUUUAGCGAAUGGCUUGUUGGCAGUGCACAACAUUUAUUACUCCAAGAAUAUGUGCGUUUGCUUUAUUGGUGUGAUUGGAACUAUUGCAGUCGUAUUAAAUUAUUUGAAGAACAUGGAGCAUCAGAUUGUAUAAUAACUUUGGCAAAAACAGCAAUUGACAUUGCUCCUGCAGAUGAUCCAAAUGUUGCUAUGUUUCACUCCACUCAUGUUUAA